CUGCAGACUGACCGAAAGAGACUGUGUAUGUACCUGUACAUUAAUCUGUCUAGCUAUACGACCUGUUCAGCUAUCUAUCGACGGAGGGCAUUAGACAACCAAAGGACUUGACUGACUCAGAGCAACAAGGUCAAAUACUCAAUUUUCCGUUGAUUUGAAGGUGAAUUACAGCUACCACAACAACGCGGUGCGUGUGUGCAUGAUGAGCGGCUGAGGAGGAGGAGGAGGAGGAGAAGGAGGCUGCGGUCUGAAACCAGAUUUUAUCCUGGAUAUUUCGAAACAAACGUCGUCGUUCACACAGGGCGGCAGUGUAUCAAUUUGAUAUGUUAUUAUAUUCCCCAGACCGCCUCUUUCCAUCCCGAUUUUAAGGGGGUCUGACCCGUUUUCUGCCUCCUGAGGAUCCUCCAGCAGCGGGACGUUGAACGUUUUUUCCUCCAGAUAUGGAGUGUGAAGAUGCGGAUUGCAGAGGAAUCCCCACCGCUGGUUUAGCCGCAUUGGUUUCAUUAUACACAUCAAUGCGGUGUUGUUUUCGGCAGUAAUAAAAAGAACUAUGAAUACACAUUUUCUUGCCAGCGAAAUAAAUCGGUGAUUUUGGAGCACGACUGGACUCCCAUUAGCAAACGUGAGAGCUAUCCUGCUAGCCUGUUUGUAGUAACGUUAGCUAUUAGCUCAUUUAGCCGGCUAACAGCUAAAAGGUGCUGGCUGAAGAUUUAAAAAGCGUUUUAAGAAUUUUGACCACGUUGUGCCGACGUUUUUUCCCCGUCAACAUAUUUAUUUACAUGGUUUGGGAGGAUUUACUCAUCCAGGAAUGAGGUCUCGAACGGAAAGGAACCGCUUGACCUUGUUUUGGGGUCUGAUGCUGGGUCUGUCGUCCUGCCUCCGGCCCGCCACCGCAGAGAUCUGCGGUCCCAGCAUCGACAUUGGCAACGACAUAAGUGAAUUCAGGCGUUUAGAGAACUGCACAGUGGUGGAGGGCUACUUACAGAUCCUCCUCAUCGGUGACAAAAACAACAAUAACGUCAACCAGGAAGUCUUCCGCUCCCUCAGCUUUCCCAAGUUAACCAUGAUCACUGACUACCUGCUGCUAUUCCGGGUGUCCGGCCUGGACAGUCUGAGCACGCUCUUUCCCAACCUCGCCGUCAUCCGCGGACGAAACCUCUUCUACAACUAUGCCCUGGUAAUCUUUGAGAUGACCAGCCUGAAGGACAUCGGCCUGUACAACCUGAGGAACAUCACACGCGGCUCCAUCCGAAUUGAGAAGAACCCUGAGCUCUGCUACCUAGACUCCAUAGACUGGUCCCUCAUCAUGGAUGCGGAGUUCAACAACUACAUUGCAGGGAACAAGCAGUCCAAGGAGUGCAGCGAUGUUUGUCCAGGCAUCAUGGAGAACAACCCUCAGUGCAGAAAGACCAUGUUCAACAACAACUACAACUACCGCUGCUGGAAUUCCAAUCACUGUCAGAGAGAGUGCCCUGAGAAGUGUGUACGGCGAGCGUGCACAGUGGACGGCGAGUGCUGCCACCCUCAGUGUCUAGGCAGCUGCACAGUCCCUGGUAGUGACACAGCAUGUGCUGCAUGCGUGCAUUACUACCACCAAGGACGCUGUGUGGCUGACUGCCCUCGCGGCACCUACAAGUUCGAGGGCUGGCGCUGCAUCAGUGCCGAGCUUUGUUCUAAAGUCCACCUCCCCGAAUUCGACAGCUUCAUCAUCCACGGUGGAGAGUGCAUGCCUGAUUGCCCGUCUGGCUACACACGCACUGCACCCAACAGUAUGUCCUGUACAGCCUGUGAUGGUCUGUGUGAUAAAGUGUGUGAGGAGAAGGUCAUCGACUCCAUGGACGCUGCUCAGUCUCUCAAAGGCUGCACUGUUAUCAAAGGCAACCUGCAUAUCAACAUCCGCAGAGGCCACAACAUGGUGGCGGAGCUGGAGAGUUUCACAGGUUUGAUCCAGAGGGUGACGGGUUACGUGCGGAUCAGACACUCCCACACUCUGAGCUCCCUGGCCUUCCUCCGCAGCCUCAGAUACAUCGAUGGAGAAAACCUGCUGGACGACAUGUAUGCCUUCUCAGCAUUCGACAACCAGCAGCUCCAGUAUCUUUGGGACUGGAAGCAGCACAAUCUCACCAUCAAAACAGGAAAGCUGUUCUUCAGAGCUAACCCAAAGCUCUGCAUGUCUGAGAUCCGCAACAUGUGGAACAAGACGGGCAUCCAGGGCCGCUUUGAUGAGAGCGAUUUCCGAAACAACGGCGACCGUGCCAGCUGUGAAAGCACUAUCCUAAAGUUUAAGUCCAAUAGCACUAGCAGUAAAAGGAUCAAACUGACCUGGCAACGCUACCGGCCCCCGGACUACAGAGACCUCAUCAGUUUUAUCGUCUACUACAAGGAGGCGCCGUACCAGAACAUCACAGAGUUCGAGGGGCAGGAUGGCUGCGGCUCCAACAGCUGGAACAUGGUGGAUGUGGAGCUGAGGCCAGACAAGGACUCGGACCCCGGAGUUCUGCUGUCCAACCUGAAACCCUGGACGCAGUACGCUAUCUUCGUCAAAGCUAUCACGCUGAUGGUGGAGGACAAACAUAUGCCGACUGCCAAGAGCAAGGUGGUCUACAUCCGCACAAGCCCCUCAGCUCCCUCCAUGCCUCAGGAUGUGCGAGCAUACUCCAACUCCUCCACACAGCUGGUGGUGCGUUGGUCGCCCCCUGUCUCACCAAAUGGGAACCAGACUUACUACCUGGUCAGAUGGCAGCAACAAGCCGAAGACAGGGAGCUUUACCAGCACAACUACUGCUCUAAAGAGCUGAAGAUCCCUAUACGGAUUGCUGCCAUUGGUGUGGGAGACCAGGAAGAGGACACUAAGCCCACUAAGCCAGAUCCUGAGGGGGCAGAUAAAGGUCCUUGUUGCCCCUGCCCCAAGUCAGUGGAGGACCUGGAGGCAGAAGCUGCUGACGCCUCUUACCGAAAAGUCUUUGAAAACUUCCUGCACAACUCAAUUUUUACACCAAGGCCACCCGAUCGUCGCCGUAGAGAUCUCUUUGGCAUCGCCAACUCCACUCACUCCCGCCGCAACCGCCUGCACACCAACAGCAGCACAGUCCCUCCUCUCCAAGCUGCUGGUAACAGUAGCACCACCGCUGACCUGGAGCCGGCGGACAGAGAGUUCGAGUUCAUGGAGCAAUCUGUGACGGAGCGUGAGCUACAGAUCUCCGGCCUGCAGCCGUUCACGGUUUACCGCAUUGACAUUCACGCCUGCAAUCGACAGGUGCAACGCUGCAGCGCGGCAGAGUUCGUCUUCUCCAGAACCAAGCCUGCAGAAAAGGCUGAUGACAUACCAGGCAAAGUGACCUGGGAGGGCCACGAGGACUGGGUGUUCCUGCACUGGCCAGAGCCACCUCACCCCAAUGGACUCAUCCUCAUGUACGAGAUAAAGUUUAAACUGGCUGCUGAGACCGAGAAGCACGAGUGUGUCUCCGGUCACAUGUAUCAGGCCCAGCGUGGCGUUCGGCUUUCCAACCUCAGUCCAGGAAACUACUCAGUCAGAGUGAGAGCCACGUCACUGGCUGGCAACGGCUCAUGGACACACACUCUGGAUCUCUAUGUCGCUGAACGAUAUGAAAACGUUCUCUAUGCGAUGAUCUUUGUUCCUAUCGCCAUCAUCCUCUGCAUCUGCCUUCUGGUCACAAUGUUGGUGGUCCUCAACAGGAAAAGGAACAGCGACCGUCUUGGAAAUGGAGUCCUGUAUGCCUCAGUCAACCCAGAGUACUUCAGCGCUGCAGAAAUGUAUGUACCGGAUGAGUGGGAGGUGGCGCGGGAGAAGAUCGCCCUGAGUCGUGAGCUUGGCCAGGGGUCAUUUGGCAUGGUGUAUGAGGGCUUGGCAAAGGGCGUGGUCAAAGACGAACCAGAGACGCGUGUCGCCAUCAAGACCGUCAACGAAUCGGCAAGCAUGAGGGAGAGAAUCGAGUUUCUCAACGAAGCCUCUGUCAUGAAGGAGUUUAACUGUCACCAUGUGGUUCGUCUCCUGGGAGUGGUCUCCCAGGGCCAGCCCACUUUGGUCAUCAUGGAGCUGAUGACACGAGGAGACCUGAAGAGUUACUUACGCUCACUCCGACCGAAAGAGCAGCAAUGGUCGAGCCUGUCUCUCCCCCCUCUGAAGAAGAUGCUUCAGAUGGCAGGGCAGAUCGCUGACGGCAUGGCUUACCUCAAUUCCAACAAGUUUGUCCACAGAGAUCUGGCAGCCAGGAACUGCAUGGUGGCCGAGGACUUCACUGUUAAGAUAGGAGAUUUCGGCAUGACCAGAGAUAUCUAUGAGACAGAUUACUACCGCAAAGGUGGUAAGGGUUUGCUCCCCGUCCGCUGGAUGUCACCCGAGUCUCUAAAGGACGGAGUCUUCACCACUAACUCUGAUGUCUGGUCAUUUGGGGUUGUGUUGUGGGAGAUUGCCACUCUGGCAGAGCAGCCCUACCAGGGUCUGUCCAAUGAACAGGUGCUGCGCUUUGUCAUGGAGGGAGGGCUGCUGGAGAAACCACAGAACUGUCCUGACAUGCUGUUUGAACUGAUGCGAAUGUGUUGGCAGUACAAUCCAAAGAUGCGCCCAUCCUUUGUGGAGAUCAUCAGCAGCAUUAAGGAUGAGCUGGAACCGUCUUUCAAAGAGGUUAGUUUCUUCUACAGCACUGACAACAAGCCAACCGAUGACCAACAGGUCCACCUGGACAAAAUGGACAACAUUGGUGACGUUCCUCUGGAGCCCCCUUCUUCCACACAGCCACAGCAAUCCCCAGUCCCCCAACAGACCCCGCCCUCCCCGAGCUCAGAGGCUCCACCCGCCCCCUCGCUAAGCCCCAGCUCCCCAUCCUCUCCCUGUACGUCAACUGCUGCCAUGGACAAGCAGGCCUCCGGUCAGCAGGCAGCUAACGGGCUGUCGGGUCCGAGCCUUGCAGCAGGGUCAGGGCUCGGGACAGGUGCAGGCGUCACGAUGCGGCCGUCUCUGGAGGAGCUUCCGCCAUAUGCACACAUGAACGGAGGACGCAAAAAUGAACGCGCCAUGCCUCUCCCGCAGUCCUCUGCCUGCUGAUGGGACAGAGACACCUACCAGACUGCAAACCCUGCCACCUGCUGCUCUGCGGAACAUGAUGUCACAGUGGGUGGGAUCUCUUUUUUCUUUUCUUUUUUUUUUUUCUUUUUUUUAGAUGAACUACAGCAAAACCAGUGAGGAGCAAAGACUCAGAGGAAGGUGGAGUAAAGUGUCAGUUAGUUCAUGUUCUGCUGUAACUCUACACACUUUAUUUCAUAUUGUACUUUUGGUUUCUACCAGCUGGCUGUCAGAUGUGACACUGCCCUUGCUGCUGAGUGGGAAGACCAAAAAAUGGUAAAAGAAAGAAAAAAAAAUACAAAUCAUUUGAGGGAGCUCUCUCUUUCUCUCUCUCUCUCUGUCUCUCUUUAUGGCUGAACUUAUUUUAUAAAUUGUUGUUUGUUACUUUUUUAUAUGUAUUUCCAAAUGGGAAAACAAAAUGUGUAGGCCUUUAUAAAUGACCGGCGUUUUGGUCGCUUUUGGGCGGGCAUUAUGGUGAAACUGUUAAGCAUAUCUAAUGAAGAAGAAGCACUUCAGAGAGGUCAGUGUCUCCGUCGGUCAUUCAGAAGUCUUGCUGCUCUGCGGGCUGGGUGUCAGCGUAAUGCCAAGUCCUCUGAAACAAACAACCAGAGGGAGAAAGGUCAAAUCUGCCAAAUUUGUUGCCAAAAUUGUACUUUUUGUCAAAUUAUCUCCUCUUGCCCAUUAAUUCUCCAACACACCGGAUUGAAAAUGGAAGCAAAAACAAAAGCACUUUGAUCUGCAACCACACUCUUCUUAAAUCUGUGAUCAAACAUCCCUCUACAGUCCUACACCACUCCUCUAUUGAUGUUUGAUAUCUUCAGCUUCUGUAUUCUAUCAAAUUGACAUCAGAGACUUUGGUUACAUCAAUUUAACUGAAAUUGAGCCACAUCCUGUCACAAAGUGCUGUUCUGUUACGGUUUAAACACCAAAUCCCGUAAAUAAAGAAGCAAAAAAAAACCCCUCAAAGUGAGGACUGCAGAGGGAAAAGCAUGAAGAGGAAAACAAAUAUGAACACUAGAUUUAUAAUGUCUCUCUAGAUCUAUAAUGUCUCUCCGUGUUCAGAGGCAUCCUUGUUGUAUACAGACAGGUAUUUUUUUAGACUAGUCGUUAGUCUCCAACAUUUACAACAUCUCUACAUGGGCAGAGCGUUUAUGUACACACCAGUUGUUUGUGUCACUUUUCUAACUUUUAUACGGUUGGAGACAUUUAUCAUGUACAGAAAGAAGCUGCUAUUCCUUAUUUCUCUUGUGGUUGUAAUAUAGUUAAUAUCUAUAUAUAAAAAGAGAAAAAACUCCUUCAGGUUGAAUAUACGAAAGUUUCCACUACAGUCCAUUUUUUUAAUGCUUGUAACUGUGUAAAGUGUAUCUGAGCUAGUUUCGUUUCUGUGUUUGCAUAAAAGGUACGACAAUUUGCCUUGUGUUUUGAAACACCGGUAACGUCCCCACCCAUCUGACUAGAGGACAGUGAUGGUGCCAGUGACCAUCGAUGUUCUCGUGUUCUCUCGGGACACCUUCGACCUCUGUCCUCUAGGGUUUGGACUAGACCACCUCUACCCAUCAUCAUACUCGGAGGUCAGGCGUCACUGCUGAGUCCCAACUAAAUCUCAGGUCAAAGAGAAAAGUUAAAUCCUUUUCUACCCUUUUUUGUGCUGUUCAUACCCAGAGACAUCCUGUCUGGUGUGUGUCUGGUUCUAUGUCCCUCUGACUCUGUUAUUGUAUUUUCUUUGAUCAUUAGACAAUGUUACCUACAUCAGUCUGAACCCAGAAUGGGGAUUUCCAGUUUUGAAUGGGUCCUUGCACUUAUUGUAUGGAGCCCCAAUACUGACAAAACGUAGUGAAAUGUCAUGAGAUGAGUCAAAAGAUAACUUAGUACAUCAAAAUAUAUUAUGGAAUUGUUAUUAGAUAAUGGAAAUGGAGCAUAAAGACUUAAAAAGCUUGUUAUUGUUUCCCUUUACCCUCAGCCAGGGGAUAAAAUAAAUUAUAACUUUAGAAAUGUAUCUUACUUCCCUAUUCCACUGGCUCAUGUCAUCUUUCAACUCCUGAGUUUCCCUUUUUUUGGGGUUCUUGCCAUAGAUUUGAUCAUUUAUUUUAUUUUUCCAGUUUUUCAUACGACAUUUGUAAAUGCUAAAAGAGUUAGCUAAAUAGUGCUACUAAAUGAAAGGAGUGAUUAAAUGACAUGCAGCUGCAUGUUAAGGAUAACACAACAAAAAGUCCAAGACUUAUUUCCAUCCUUGAUGAAUACAUGUGACAUGCACUUGAAGAUGAACACAGUUUUAUGAAAAUAAAAAUAAGUAGUGUUAGCUAGCUACCUUUGUUAGCAUAGUUAGCUGCAGCUAGGUUGCAAGCUGAAAGGAGCUAAUGUCCUCAGUAACCAGUAUUUUCAGGCAAAAUAACUAGCCACACAGUCCUUUCAAUUGCUCCACCGAUGUUACACAUACAUACAAACCCUGGACAGAUUAUAUUAAACAUGUACACAGCAACAUUGUUAUCAUGUAAGUACUCGAAAAAUAGGAAAUGUGCUAAAGAAAUGGGAAGUGUUGUAAACAUAAAAGAUUAAAACUGUCAAGACAAAAAAAAGGAAAACUGAGUAGUUAGGGGGGAGAAAAAGGACAAGUGAGAUAGAGGAGUAGAGUAAAUGAGAUUUUAGAAAGGGUAAUUAUUCAUCUUUAUAUUUCCCUUUACUCUUUAAUUUAAUUAUUUAGAUAACAGUAUUAUUUAUUGAUGAGUUCAGUUUUUGACUAUGGCAUUUCAUUAGAUCUUGUCAGUUUCCAGGUUCCAUAUGUCUGUGCUGUGUCAUAACACUUGGUUCAAGGUACAAAGUAAAUGCAAAAUAGAAUUUAUUUAAUGGAGCUGCGAGUCUUAACAUCUUAUUUUCCUGAAGGCAAGUGCAAAAAAACCCUGUCUGUUGGAUAAUUUCACAUGUUAUCACUAAUCAACGUCUCUCUUGAAUCAAGGGUGCUGCUGGAGUAACCCAUAUUAUUUAUCUUUUUUCAACAUAUUAACAUGUUUGUAGAAGAUUGCUGAAGUUACAUUGGGUUGAGAAAUAAGUGAAAUGAUCUCACAGCACUGAGAGAAUUUUUGAAAUGCUUUAGGAAAAAUAGGAUUUCACAACUGAGGAUGACACUGAAACGAUUCACAGGAGGAACAAAUGCUGGUGAGGCCCUCUUCCUCCAGGACAUAUUUUUUUAUUAGAAUACUAAAUCUAAAUUCAACAACACCCAUUUGGUCAGAGAACUAACUGUAACUGGAGAUCCCUGUGUUGAACAUGUAAGCAUGUAACAGGCUGCUUCAUCAAUGUUUACUGAAGAAACCCAUCAGACUAACAUUUGAAGGUGAGUAUGAUCAGAGUGGACCACGUGGAAUAGAUUUUAAAGGCUCAUUAACCUCAAAAAGUUGCAUUUGGAUUCCCAGCCCAGAUGUUUCUUCCUUGUUUCUGUUACUUUUUUGUGAAGUGUAAAUCACUGUACAAAAGUUUUUUUUUUUUCCCCCUUCUGAUUUUUUGAUGUUCUUUUGCUAUUUUGGGGGAAGGUUUUGUUUAUUAUUCCUUCAACCAUCCAUCUACCUCACUGUUUUUUUUUUUUGUUUGUUUUUUUUUUUUCAAUCUAUAUACAUGUACAGAAAAACAAAACAUCUCUGUUGUCCGGCUGUAAUGGCGGUCUUACUGAGUGCUGUUAAUAUGGUCAAAUUCAAACCACAAACCAAACCAUCCUGGGGGUCAGGGGGGAUUUCAAGAACUGCUGGUGACAUUUGGGACAAAUCGAUCAUAAAAGGGAGCGUUUCAACUAAGUCUAAUAAAUCAUAAGUAACUGAUAACAGUUUUGCUUGGGGUCUGGAAGAUUAGGAGGCUGGUUUAUUUCUCAAAUGCUCUGCUGUGAGAGGAGCUGUUAGGAUCAUGGAAGAAGGAAGGAAGUGCAGUCCUGCUGCGAGAGGCUGUGGUGUGUUCCUCCCCUGUUGUUAAAACCUCCUGACCUCCUCAUCCCCUUUCUCCACACUCCCCUCUCCCUAGCCUGAAGUCUAGCCCCAGUUUGUUGGCUCUAUUACAUUACUACAUGCAUCUCCCUUUGUUUUGUUUUUUUGGUGGUUGUUUUAGGAAACAGUGUUGCAACUUGAGAAACAGGUUAAAAAUCUUUCUUUUUUUUUUUCAUGCUGCAGUUAGAAUAUUUUUUCAUUCAGAUGGUUAGAGGAGUUCUUGAGGAUUAUUAUGAAUUAAAUUGGAGGUUAUCAGAUGACCCCCUCAUGGUAUUUUUGUAUGUAUAGAGAAUCGUUAUAGGACUUCUGUGAGUCACCUGAGGCUGUUAAAGAAGAUGGAGCCUUUCCUGGUGAUUUGUGUCUAGUUUGGGAUGGUUUAAACUGGCUAAUUUUCAAUAUCACACACAAAUUACUGCUGCAAGUAUAUGUUACAGUAAAAAUUAAAACAAGAUGUGUUUCUUUGCUCUCCCAACUGAUUAAUGACUUGUCCAAUAUUCUAUCCUCUGUAACAAUUGUUUAACUGGCAGGUUAAUCUGAGUUUCCACAUUCUCCAAUGAGCUUAAAUGUUUCCAGAGGGCUGUUUGUUUUUUUCAUUAAUGAGUGAAGCCGUGUGAAUGACCAGGUAGAAGUCAGUCAGUCAGUCAGUCAUGUGCCAUAUCUGACCUGAGAGUUGGCUAAUGAGCUGUACUGGUUGUUAUGGAAACACCUCUGCUAACAGAGGAGCUAGUUAUAUUUCUUCUUCUUCGUGUGUCGGUUGACGGAAUACUCUUGAGGGUUUUUUUUUUUUGUUACUACUAUUACAGGACUUCGGCACAGAUCCCUGUGCCUAUACCUGUUACCAUGGUGAUCGUAAUCCCAGUAAAAAGCAUCCUUGCUGUUCUCUUUUUUUGUGAGUCUUCUUCCCACCCUAACAACGCAGGUUUGUAAUUUCAGGCUGGGAGUCUGGGUGAUAAGGGAUCUAGUUUGGAGGACUCUGGCCCAGUCACCACAGCAGACUAAUCACAGUGGCAGUCUAAUGCCAGCUUGUACUGACAUGAUGAGGUCAGGAUGGGUAUUUCACUGUUUGUGGUCUGAUUUUUGCCUCACUUUUACCACUGGAACACCUCACAGAGCGGACAUAAGUUGAACAAAUUUCUUCCUUUUUUUUUUUUUUCUAUUUUGUUACAUUGAUGGCCAAUUUGUUACCAAGAUUUUGAUGUGUGUAAAUUAUUCAUAGCCUUCCAACUCUUGCGUUUCUAUUGAAAUGAUCUGUUAGACUAAGGGUUCAUUUUGGUUUUCUUUUGUACAUGCUGUUGUAAGAAUUUUUCCUGUUAUCAAUAUAAUCUGAGUACUGGGAAAAAUGAUUGGCUGAAGGAAAAGAGAAUGUCUGUUUCUCCAAUUCUUUUUUUAUACAUGAGAUUUAAGAUGAAUAAAAAUGUAUGCAAACUGUU